AUGUAUUUAAUUUUUAAAAAUUUAAAAAAUAUAUUAAUAGGAGUGGAAGCAGUCGAUACCGCAGUAAAAUUAGCAAGAAAAUGGGCUUAUGAAGUUAAAGGAGUUCCUCCAAGCCAGGCAAAAAUAAUUUUUGCAAGAGAUAAUUUUCAUGGGCGUUCUCUUAUGGCAUGUUCAGCAUCUACUGAUCCCGAUUGUUUUGAAAAUUUUGGACCUUUUUUGCCAAACUUUUUGCAUGUGGAAUUUGACAAUUUGUCAGAUUUGGAGAAAGCACUUUUUGACCCUCAUUGUGCUGCUUUUGUGGUAGAGCCAAUACAAGGGGAAGCAGGUGUUGUUAUGCCUAGUGAGGGAUAUUUAAAAGGAGUACGUGAACUAUGCACAAAAAAUCGAGUUUUAAUGGUUGCGGAUGAAGUACAGACUGGAUUGGGGAGGACGGGAAGAAUGCUCUGUUGUGAUCAUUACAAUGUCAGACCAGAUAUAGUAACAUUAGGCAAAGCCCUUUCUGGCGGUCUCUACCCAAUUUCGGCCGUUUUGGCUGACAAUGAAAUUAUGUUAACAAUAAAACCAGGCCAACACGGGUCAACUUAUGGAGGAAAUCCUUUAUCUGCAAAAAUAGCAAUAGAAGCAUUAAAAAUUAUUAAAGAAGAAAAUUUGUGUGAAAAUGCUUCAAAAAUGGGAAAUUUAUUAAUUAAUGAAUUGAAUAAAUUACCCAAAAAUGUAGUCACUUCUGUUAGAGGGAAAGGACUUUUAUGUGCUAUUGUUAUUAAUGAAUCUAUAAAUGCUUGGGAUGUUUGCCUUAAAUUAAAAGAAAAUGGCCUUCUAGCUAAAAAUACCCACAAACAAAUUAUUCGAUUUGCACCUCCAUUAGUUAUUAAUGAGAAACAAAUACUUGAAGUUUCACAAAUAAUAGGAAAUACUAUUAAAGAAUUUGUGUAA